CCUUGAUAUAUAAAUCUCAAUAAUACUCCGUAACUCAAUAACUUCAUAAGUAUACUUUACCCCACUCACAUUGUCAGACAUAAAUCAUUUAUCAUCCGCUCCUUUUUUUGCAGGUACGAACUUAAUUAAGAUCAUUCAACUUUUAUCCAUUUAUUUACUACGAGUACAUAUUAUAUUGUAUUAAUGUGGUCAAUUUAGUAGAGAAGAAACUAGAAAGUGUGAUAAAAGAUGCAAGGAGAAACUAUUUUGGUAACUGUGGAAUGCUUAAGAGGCAGAUUACAAGCUGAAAGAGCUGCUUCUAGAGCUGCUGAACAAAAUGUUGAUCUUUUGGCUAUCAAGUUAAGUGAGCUAGAGAAACAGCUAAAGAUUGAGACGAAGUACAGAAGAAAAGCAGAAAAGAAGUUGAAUAUCCUAAUAAAAAAGCUUGAAUCUUUGAACAUUCCAAAGAACAACGUUAUUUCAGAGGAAUAUGAACGAUUAAGUUCAUCAAACAAUUCUGAAAUUUCGUGUUUGUCAUCAAUCAUCUCUACAAGCUUUAAUCCUCAAGAAUAUCAUCUUCCAGCGUUUCAAGGAUCGAAAUCGAGUUCGAUUUCUAGUGAAAUUGCAGAGGAGAAUACAGAAUCUGAGAUUAGUGCGAAGCAAAAAGGCCAGGAUAUUAUCAAAUGUGAGCGAAGCCAAAUUGAUCACACUAUUGGGAGACAAGAAAUGGACGAAAAUUGUCACGGAUUGAAGCAAUUAUCGUUGGAGAAAAGCAAUAAUGAUGAGAUUGACGACAACCAAGAUAACUUUUUCGUUGAUAAUUCAUUGACAUUGGUUCCCAUGAGCCCUGUUGUAGAACUAAACACUUCUUCCAAAGGGCCGUUAGAAGUUGACAGUGAAAAUGUGAAAGAAGUCCUUGAUACUUUAAAGCAAAUUAGAGAAAAUCUUCAAAGCUCCAUUAGAGGUAAAGGGGCAUUAUUAAAAGUUGGUUAGUCUUUUUGUAAGUACAAUUUUCUUCAUUAUUUUAGAUAAUGAUAAUGGAAAUUUUUAGUUGGGUUUUUCUAAGCUAUGCCCUCAAGGUUGUUGAGUUUCUAAGGUGUUUCCAUGCCUUUUCAAAAUUACAAGUUGUGCCCUCCAAAUUAAGUUGUUUAAUCAACCAUACCCUUUGACGUAAACUCGACGUUAACAAUAGUAAAUAAAUAGGAAGUAAUGAAGCGGAUGAGAAAAAAGAAUAAGAAAUACACCAAGAGCUAAACAUAUCAAUAGUUGCUUUUAGAAAAAAGAAGAAAAAAUAGAUGAGAAAAUUUGGAAAAAAUGCUAAAUGUUAACCUACUUAUAUAAAUCUUAACCCAAUUUGGGCGUGAAAUUUCUCUCCAAAGUAUGGUAAUAAACCGUGAACACAACUACUAACGUCAAAUUAACGUUAUAGGGUACGGUUGAAUAAACACCUUAAGUUGGAGGGUACAUCUUGUAAUUUUGAAAAUGUAUGGGCACACCUUAGAAACUCAAUAAUCACGGGGCAUAGCUUAGAAAAACCCUUUUUAGUUUGUUUUUCUCCUAGCAAUAUUGGAAAAUUUGUUUGUAUAAUAUUCACAAGUUCAAAACUUUGAUUGAUUUUUCUUGAAUAAUCUCAACUUUUAAUAUUAUUGAAUAAUCCAAACUUUAGGGUGCAUUUUAUUUUUUCUUCUCGCAAUCCCAACAACUAGUGACCUAUUGAAAAGAGUUAUUUAUUUUAUUUCAUUUUUUAAAAUGCCACAUGUCACAAGUUAAUUGGUCAAAAAAUAAAAAAAAUACCCAAAUACAAUUAGCCCCCACACCCCCCCUUGACCCCACCAGUCGACCACACCAAGCCCCGAAAUCGACCACCUCACCCUAACCCUUGAAGCUGGCCAACUGCCCCACCCAAACCUUUGAAAGCUCCCCCAUCCCCUACACCCCAGAAACUGCUCCCUUCCCUACCUCGCUAAAUGACCUCCCUCCCUUCCCUAACCACCGAAACCGCCCCCUUCCCUUCCCUACCCCCGAAACUAGCACGCUU